CCUUCAAGUCUUUUAUGGCUUUAUUCAUACUUUGGCAUGUGCUUUUGUUGUAUUUAAAUCAUUAAAUGUACUAAACAUUUUCAGUAACCUGCGUUCGUUCAAAUAUAUGCAAGCCCUCCUCCUGAUCGUAAAGUGAUAACACUGCUAGACACGCCUGCCACUUCUCACUUCCUGUUUCACAGAUAAACCCUGUGGUUCUGAUGCAAGUGCACAAACAUUACCCUAAACAUCCCUAGAUGUUUCAAUGCUUUAGCACCGCAGCUUCACACAGAGACACACAGAGACACACAGAGACCAUGAACGACACCUGCUUGACUGGGGAUAAGGCGCUGUACACAGUCCUCUCUUUGGUAAUGUCUGUGGAAUUCAUCCUAGCACUGCCUUUAAACCUGUCUGUUUUGUACGUCUUCCUUUUUAAAUUCAAAUUCUGGAAGAAUAACAGCCUUUUCCUCUUCAACCUGGUGCUGGCAGACUUGCUGCUUCUGAUGUGCCUGCCAUUCAAAGCCUAUCACUUUCUAAAUGGGCAGCGACAAAGUGAAAAGGAUAGUGUCUGCAAAGCCAUGCUCUUCAUGCUAUUUCUGAACCGGGGCGCGAGCAUAGCUUUCCUCACCGUCAUCUCUAUGGAUCGUUACUUUAACGUGGUUCACUCUGGCAGGGAGAACUUUCUGAAGAUCCUUAAAAAGUCGCCCCAGAUUUCCAUUCUCAUCUGGAUCCUGCUGCUCCCCUUGGCCCUCCCCACCAUGUCGGAAACCUUUAAGUGCUGCAAUAGCUUUGGUCGUGCAGAGAAUCACACAAGAUACACCAAGAUUGCUGACGCUUUAAGAGAGACUGUGUUUUUCACCCAGAUUCUUAUUCCUUUCGGGGUGCUUGUGUUUUGCACAGUGCAGAUUACCAACCGACUCAAGAGAAAGACAGUUGGGGACAAGACCAAGUUGCGCAGAGCUGUAUUCCUAGUGGCCUCCGUGGUGCUAGUGUUCUCUGUUUGUUUUCUGCCAUUAACUUUAUCAAGGAUGAUCCUGUUGAUAGUCAGAGUCUAUGACAAGCAGGAGGCAGAGGAAAUUGUUGUGAAGAUCUACGAUACCCUCAUGUGCCUCUCCUACAGUGACUGUUUACUGGACCCACUGGUGUAUUGUUUCUGCAGUUCAAAAUUCAAAGAAGUGUACAUGUCCACUGUUUGCCCUUCAUGGUUCCUAAGGCAACGACUUGACACCCAAAGGACUGCUUCCCGAGACCCUGUGCACUCUUCUUCACACAAAAUUACAGUUGAACUGCAAAUGCUGUAACUAAAGUUUUUUUAGGGAAUAUUAAGGAAAUAUAUCCUUACUUGUAUGGCAUUUUCUUCUCCUAUUAGAUCGUACUGAUUUAUUUAUAGUACUGUAUUUGGAAAAAAGCUUUUAAUAUUCUGCAUUCAAUAUUCUGAUGUCAAUAUAAGUUUUGCCACAUACGUAUGUAUAGGGCAUCUAUUGGACGUUAAACAAAAAAUGCUUAAUAGAUGCAACAAAAAAGGGAACUGUAAAUUGUCAUUCCAGCAACUGCAUUUGUAUGAAACAUUAUUUGUCCAUAAAGCAUCAAGUGGACAUAUAUUGGAUAAGAGGGUUUAUUGCAUGCUGUUCUCUGCUAUCAGUGGAUAAUACGAACAGUGAAAUGAUGUGCGAUCUAUGACUUGUCCUGUAAAUAAGUGUGUUGUUUUAAGAUACAAUGUAUUAAGUUAAGUUUCAAUCUGUACAUUUUAAAAUAGAUUUGACAUUGUGUGUGAUUUUUGUCACUUGACAUAAAGACAGACUUUUCUGGAA